AUGAAUUUGUUUAAUCGAAUAUUACUUAUUUAUUCUGUAAUACAGAUUUUGAAAUCUGAUCCAAUAAAUCGUAAUAUAAUAAUUGAUGGUAAUUUUGAUGAUUGGUUAAAUGUUCCAUCUUAUAGUGAUCCAAGAGAUAAUAUAAAUGGUACAGUUUAUCAAGAAAGUCCAUGGUUUCCUUCAUUAAAAAUUCCAGAUUGUCAUGAUGCAGACACUAAAAUACUAACUGACAUGCCAAAACAUACAUAUAAUCCAAAUGUAAAUAUAAUUGAAUUUAAAAUAGCCCACGAUGAUUCAUCGUUAUAUGUAUAUUAUCGUGUAGUUGAUGAUGGAGUCAUUGGUAAGACUUCAGUUGGACCGCAUGAAUUUAAUCGAAGUGAUCCAUCAAAACCAUCAGCUGGAAGGUUUUAUAUAAU